AAUAAUAAUAAUAAAAAGAAAAAGGUAGGAACCCUUGCAUCGUACCAUUCCUUCCAUUUAUUUUAACGAUAGCUAUAUCAGUUCAAUUUCUAGGUUUUCAAGUUCCUACCCAAGGCAAGGUAACUGUGUACCCCAACCGAUCUUGGCUUGGCUUCAAGUAAAUAAAGAACCUUCAGAUGCUUAUCAGAAUUUGGUAUUGAGGCUUUCUUAUGAUAUGCAUCUUGGUUAUUGGACUGAGUGCUUAGUGUGUUCUUUUAGUGAAUUUGAGAAGUAUUGUAGUUACUAGUUAGUAUACUUGGUAAGAUGGGCAGAUCAAGUCGGCCUAAGGUAAAGCACGAAAAAGUUCGGGAGCACCCACAACAUGAUUCCAAUGAAGGAACUUCAGCCCGGACUAGGCCUUUCAACUAUGAAGAGAUUAUGUUAAAGAGGAAUAAUAAAAAACUUAGUGAUAAUCCUGAAAGUGUCAAAGAAGGAAAUAUAAAAGUGAGAAAGAUAGCGAUGGACAGCCCAAUCCUGAAUGAUUUUAAUGUUAACAAAUCUGAUGGCGGGAACGGGCACGGAAAAGAUUUUUCUCUUGGUCAUGAAAAGAACUUAUUGGAGGGAAUGGAGAAGAGAAGUUCCAACAAGAAAAUAGAUAAUUCAUAUAGGAUAAAUGAUAACAUCUCUAAACAGAAAACUAGGGAGAAUCAUGAGCCUGAAAGAAGAUUGAAGUCUGAGGUGAGAAAAGAUACGGGCGUCAAGGAUGAAGGCAAGCAUGAGAAACAAAUUCAUGUGAAGAGAAAAGCUGAGCAAACAGCUGGUGGUUCAGAAAAGGUAAAUACAAAGAAGCAUUCUAGAGACUUAGCGGAUAGCCAUGUAAGUAGAAGUGAGGGGAAAUCUGUGAGAGAUGACAAGAGAAAACAUCAAACUAGAGACAAUGAACAAAAUAGAGAAAGACAUACUACUAAAAAACAUGAGAGUCAAAAGGGGCAUGCUUCAGAAAGUAGAGACAAGAAGGAGACAAAAGAACCAUCAAGAUCCCAUCAUGAGGAUUCACACCAUAAAAGGAGACGGUCACAUAGCCGGGAGCAUGACAACAGGCAUAGAAGAUCUAUUUCUCUCUCACCAAGGGCGCACAAGCAUGCAUAUCAUCUUGCAUCAGAGCGUGAACUUUCCUCUCAUGGUAUAAAAGGGAGGUUUGGAAUACAAAAUUCUGAUGACAGGAGUAGAAUGACAAGUAACGGUUCAACUGGUCACCAUAGGCGACAUGGCGGGUCCACUAGCGGUCUUGGUGGCUACUAUCCAAGGAAAAGAAAGACUGAAGCUGCUGUUAGGUCGCCCUCCCCAGUUCAUCGCUCAACAGAGAAGAGAACAGCUAAGUGGGAUCUUGCAAUUUCAGAAACAGAAAAUCUGUUUUCUGGUUCAGCUUCUUCUAAUUUACCAGCAUUAAGUCAAAUGGUUUCCUUAAACAUGCAUGCUAUAGUCAAUCCUGUUCCCAGUGUUUCUGCAACAGGGAAGCCUCUAGCUGUGGCUUCAACCAGUUUUUUAUCCUUUGACUCGGUUCAGCUGACAGAAGCUACCAGGCCUAUGAGAAGGCUUUAUGUAGAAAAUGUUCCCCCUUCAGCCUCUGAAAAAGCUCUGAUGGAAUCCUUCAAUAAUUUUUUGCUUUCAUCUGGAAUUAGUCAUAUCCAUAGGACCAAACCAUGUAUUAGCUGCAUUAUACACAAAGGAAACGGCCAAGCUCUUGUUGAAUUCCUUACGCCAGAGGAUGCUUCUGCAGCUCUUUCUUUUGAUGGCAGUACUUUCUCUGGUUCCGUUCUCAAAAUCAGACGGCCAAAGGACUUUGUUGAAGUGACUGGUGAACUGGAGAAAUCAGGAGCAACACUGACCACAGUCGAUGAUGUUGUGGAGGAUUCACAUCACAAGAUAUUCAUUGGUGGAAUUUCAAAGGCUAUUUCAUCUGAAAUGUUCAUGGAGAUUGCUAAUUCUUUUGGUCCUUUGAAGACAUAUCACUUUGCUAUGAACAAGGUUCUUGGUGAACAAUAUGCUAUGGUCGAGUAUGUCGACCAAUCUGUUUCUCACAAAGCCUGUGCUGGUCUGAACGGAAUGAAGUUGGGAGGGCAAGUAAUGACUGCAGUUGAGGCUGUUCUUGAUGGCUUUUCAUCGGGAAAUGGUGAUCUAAAUUCCUGUAUUAUUCCUGAACUUGCGAGGCCACUUCUUCAGAAACCUACUCAAGUCCUUAAGCUUAAAAAUCUGUUCCCAGAGAACUUUUCAUCUUUAUCAGGAACUGAGGUGGAAGAAGUACUAGCAGAUGUACGGGUAGAGUGUUCCAGGUUUGGUACUAUUAAAUCUGUUAAUGUUGUCAACCAUGGAAACGGUAUCAUCACAAAUGGAGAAAACAAAAUGGAUGAUUAUACGAGGGAAACUGGAAAUGUACAGAAUGUAGUAGAUGAUGAAAUAAGUGUCGAAACCAAGACUACAAAAGAAGUUGCUGAUGGAAACUCUGGAGGCAUUGGUGGUUUAACUUUUUCGUGUAAUUCUCCCGAAGUAGGGGUUGGCAACACGUAUAAAGAUAAGAAACCUGUUAGCAACCUCUUGGACAGUGGGUUAUGUCGACAAGGUGAGUUCGAAGGUAACAUGAAUAGAGAAGACAGAAACCAUGGGAGUUUGGAUGAUGAGCCAGAUCAGCCAGGGGUGCUUGAUAGCAACAUGGCUGCUGGAGCUCAGGUUGUUACUGAAAUGGUUGUGGAAGAUCCGACCUUGGAGAUUUUAGACGAGACAAAUUCUCUAGAGGUCCCUAAUCUGGUCCAUGCGUCGAAAGACGAAUCAAAUUAUCAUUCUGACAGGUAUUCUGAUAAUAACCUUAAAAGAGAAACCAAAACUGUUGAUAAGAUAUCAGUAGUUGAAGAAAGUGCAAAUCCUGAUGAAAUCGAUGGAGAAUUACCAGAAGGUCAUACUAAGGUGGCAAUUGAAGAUCCUGCCUUUAAGAGCGAGGCAAUAACAAGUGUUCAGGAGAUCCCUACCCUGCAGAAACCAGACUCUCGAUAUGACAACGUUGCUGAUAAUAUUGAUAGUGAAAUCAUAAAUGUCGAUAAGAAAUCGUUGCCCAGAGAAGAUUUGCAUCAGGAGGAAGGUUAUGGAAGGCUACCAGAAGCUAUCGAUGGUUCUGCUGGUAGUCCAGGAACAGAAUUAGAUGCUAUUCAGAAGGAUGAAAAUAGCAAGGAUAACAACUUGAACUGGAUUUUUGAGCCUGGUUGUGUGUUUGUUGAGUAUAGAAGAACAGAAGCAUCAUGCAUGGCUGCACAUUCUAUAAAUGGACGGUUAUUCGAUAACCGGAUUGUGACAGUAGAGUAUAUUGAUCCGAACCUCUACCGGGUGAAAUUUCCAAAAUGAAUCAGAUUUCCGCAACUGGAGAUAAAACUGUUUCGCCAAACCUUUGAACUCCCCAAAUGCUUAUCAUUUCAAAUGUAUUCUGCAUCUUCAUGCUACACAAGAUAAUAUAUAUAUUUUUCCGAAUUUUGAUCGGGUUUCAGUUGACGACCCUUAGUUGGGGCACUGGAAGUGAGGUGCUAAAUCUAUGUGACUAGCUUGAUGAUGGUCACCCCAUUUAAACUCUUCAACUUUUAUUCGACAUUACUGUAAAAGUAGGUAUAUUUUCAUGGAUAGUUUGUGUAUUAUACACUGGUAUUUUGUAAUCUUGGAAGAAUAGGGCUACUUUCCCUUUCUCCCCUUUGAUCACCAUUAAUGCAGGGAUAAUCUUUGAUUACAUUG